AUGAAGCUCACCACCGCCAUCGCCUUGCUCGGGUCGGGGCUCCCCGUGGCCCACGGCGCCUGCAGCCUCCCAUCCAGCUACCGGUGGACGUCGUCCAAUGCCCUGGCGCAGCCCAAGAACGGCUGGGCCAACCUCAAGGACUUUACCCACGUGCCAUACAACGGCAAGCAUCUCGUGUAUGGGUCCUACUAUGGAAGCGCCUAUGGGUCCAUGAACUUUGGCGUCUUCUCGGACUGGUCUGAGAUGGGCUCCGUCAGCCAGAACCAGAUGAGCUCAGCCGCUGUCGCGCCGACCCUCUUCUUCUUCGAGCCCAAGAACAUCUGGGUCUUGGCCUAUCAAUGGGGAGCGACCGCCUUCUCGUACCGCACGUCGUCCGACCCCACCAACGCGAACGGCUGGUCGGCGGCGCAGCCGCUCUUCUCGGGCAGCAUCUCCGGCUCCGGUACGGGGCCGAUCGACCAGACCCUGAUCGGCGACAGCAGCAACAUGUACCUCUUCUUCGCUGGCGACAACGGCAAGAUCUACCGCUCCAAGAUGGCCCUCGGCAGCUUCCCGGGCAACUUCGGCACCUCCGCGGAAGUCAUCCUCAGCGGCGGGCAGUACGAUCUCUUCGAGGCCGUACAAGUGUACACCGUCUCCGGCCAGAGCUCGCCGCUGUACCUCAUGAUCAUCGAAUCGAUCGGCUCCGGCGGCCGGUACUUCCGAUCCUACACGGCCACCAACCUCGGUGGGUCGUGGUCGCCCCAAGCCACCAGCGAGAGCGCACCCUUCGCGGGCAAGGCCAACAGCGGCGCGUCCUGGACCAGCGACAUCAGCCACGGCGAUCUCAUCCGCAGCGGACCUGACCAGACCUUCCCCAUCGACCCGUGCAACCUGCAGCUGCUGUACCAGGGCCGUUCCGGCGACAACUCCGACUACAACAAGCUGCCGUACCGGCCUGGUCUGCUCACGCUGCAGGGGGCUAACGGCGGGAGCCCCUCGCCCACGACCACGAGCAAGCCGCCGACGAAUACAGGCGGUAGUGGGAGCGGUACCGCUGCGCACUUUGCGCAGUGUGGUGGUCAGGGGUACACCGGCCCGACGACGUGUGAGAGCCCGUACAAGUGCACGUUCUCGAACGAUUGGUACUCCCAGUGCCUGUAA